UUUCGUGCGCUUUCCAAAAGUAAUAAUUGUCGAGUUUUGAUUCUGUGAAUUGAAUUAAGCAUUAUUUUUGAGUGUUUAUUUUAUGGGUAAAUGUGUUUUCGAACGAUGAUGAAUAAAGUGUUUGGGUCAAGACUAUGGUUAUGUAUGAUUCUACCUUUCAAAAAAUCUUAUUUAAACAAGGAAGUUAUUUGCUUCUCAAUGCAAUGCAGGUUGAUUGUUCCCGGUGUUAAAUGAUUAAAUUUAAAUACAGAUUUAUUUUGAAUUUCAUACUAUGUAUUUCAUGGUAGUGAAUUGAAAUAUACAUUUUGAAUUCGGAUUAUAAACAUAACAUUUAAAAUGGCAAACAACCAUGCUCAGUGUGAAAUGUGUUGUGAGGAAGAGGCAGUUGGAUGCUGCAAUAUAUGUGGAAACAUUUGUGAAUCGUGUUGCGUAAUUCACAAGAAAGGAAGGGCAUUCCAAAACCACAUUCUGAAGAUGUACGGAAAAGAUGGAUACAAUUCAAGGAGUAUUAUAUAUGAUAUCACAGAGGAGAUAUGUAAACACCAUCCGACUGAAGUGGCGUUAUUAUUUUGUAAAAUUCAUGAAUUAAUGAUCUGUGGUCGAUGUUUUCGUUCGGAUCAUAUAUCAUGUGGACAUGAAGUUGUUGAUUUGUGUCAAGAGGCAGAGCAUAUUGAUUACGACCAAACUAAUGAUAUGUCCGCAGCUUUAAAUGAGAUUAAGGAUGACAGUAUGCGCAUGAAAGAAGAAAUUGAUAGACAAAAAGAAAGAAGUUAUACCCAUGCGGUUAAAUGCAAUAAAGAAUUGGAUGAUUUGAAAAACAGACUGAAACGGAAAGUAGAACAUUCGAUCAGUACUUUCAAAGAGGAAGCGCAAAAACUUCACGAUGAAAACAUAGCCGCCUUUUCAUUCAUUUCAUCCGUUUGUGAUGAUAAAGUGUCUUGGGCUAUUAAAGAGGAAAGUCAACUCAAUGAGUUUGUGAACAACUCGUUGACGGGUCGCCUUUAUCUAUUGAACCGGAAUUUUGACAAAGGAAUUUCAGAGGUCAAAAGGCAGAUGAAAGAAGCUAAAUUUCAGCAUACAUUUAAACAGUUUUGCUUAAAGGAAAGUACGGUGGUCUUUAAAUGCUUGACUGAAGACUUGAGGGAUGUUUGUGAACUUCAGGAGGAAGUGGAUGGAAGCGACGAAGGAACCACAUUCUCAAUCAAGAGUGCAACUCAAGAAACGCAAAAGACACGGAAGGAACUCAUCGAAGCAUUGAUUCAAGCAAAACGGGACGUAGAUAAAGCAGAAACGAAAAAGAAUGAGAUCGAAAAAGAGCUACUGCAAGCGAAACAGGGAUGGGCAAAUUCUGAAAAGACGAAAGAUGGAUAUCAGCAUGAGUUACUGAAUGUCAUAAUGGACCUAGACAAAUCUGAACAGGGAAAGAAUGCGAUCACAAAAGAUAUACCGCAAUGUAAACAGGGAUGGGAACUUGCUGAAAAGGCACGACAAAAUGUCAAGGACGAACUAGAACGAACGAAAAAAGAACUGGAUCUGUAUCAAAAGGAAAGGGCAAUCCUCCAAGCACACUUCAAAGAUCACUUGAACUGGACACAACCAACUGGACGAUUAGAGGUAACGAUCAACUAUGAUACCUCCGUUCCUUUUAUCAAAUUGGAUUACACAUUCCAAGAUGGCCUUCAGACGAGAAACCACCCGCGCCCUGGAUAUCCUUAUAAAGGCGACACGUUCACUGUCCGUUUGAGAGACGACAAUGAGAGUAGGCUGGCGUGUAUGAUGUUAAAGGCGGCGUUUAGAAAAGGAUGGAUGUUCAUUAUAGGGACUGACGGGAUGGUCGUCAUGGAUGGACACUUCCAGUAUAAUGGUCCAAUAGAGAACAUUAAUUAUUUUGGGGGUGAUCUUAAUUCGGUCUACGUUAGAUACAUAAAGAUGUUAACAGGGGAGCUGGCAGACAAAGGCAUCACGGAUGCUGACAUUGAUGAGGCGGAUAACUUGGAAGAGACGUUCACUGUCGAAAGUUUGUCGUUGCUCGAAGCUGCACUGAGUACAGUGGAGAUUGCAGACAAAUGCAUCGGAGAGGCGAAUUAGAUUCUUAAGGAAUCUUGAAAGCAAACCUUCACCAUCGAUGGCCGAUAAAAAACUGUGUGAUUGCCUUGUAACGCGUUGAACAGGGAUUUGAAUGAUCCACCGAAUAGCAUGUUGUACGGUAGAGCGGAUAACAAAUCCCCGACUUUUGUAUUAAAAAUGUGCUACACCCUUCAGUUACAUAAAGCUUAAAUGUACGUAAUAAAACAAGCCAUAUUUCUCCUAGUUUUCCCCCCUAUAAUUGGAAUGCAUGGACUGUGUUGACUACUUGUGUUGAGGACUUGGGUAGAUUUUGUUAAUGUGGUAUGCGGUUUAUGUCGACCGAAAAAGGUCUUUGAAAGAUCGAUAUGGAUAACCGAACGUUUCAUUUACGAAAACACUGACAUUUGUUUUACUAAACAAAUGGUGUUUUUAAUGUUUCAAUCAAAACGUUUUAUAAUGAUACAAAUAAUAAGGCAAACCGUGUAUUGUAAUUAUGAAUGAUAUAUUUCCGACGAUCUUUGAAAAUAUUUUAACAUUAUGACAAGGCAAGACGACAAUGGUAACUUCCUGUUGGUACCAUUUUUGGUAUUCCGAUUACCAUGUGUUGGAUCAUAUUUUAUUUCUACGAAGAACACAGAAUGGUUAGCAUUGUUGAUUACUAUAUUUGUUGAAGGGUUAUGUCUCGACAAACAAACUCCUUGGCUGUGUGUUAUCCGAAAACAACGUUCAAUAGAAUCGAGAUGUCGGAGUGAUAUGUUAAUGAAAAACAAGAAACAUCACUUUGCAUAAAAUGUUAAUAUUGUCUCUCCGGGAAGUUUACAAAAUACUAUUUUUGUGCCCCCAUAUUGUCUUUUUGACGUUAGGGACUCUUAAGGGAGUGUUAUAAAAGAAUUCGGAAAAUCACUUUUUGUAUUAAAAUGAAAAUUAAAGUUAUUUGUUUAUAAAUAAUUUAAUCAUAAGUAAAGCACUUAGGCAAUACACAAUACUGUAGAUACAAUUAAAAAUUAAGUUAAGUCCAUUUCCGGAAUAAAUCGAUACUAUUGUUAGUAACGCAUAAACAUAAUCUCUCUUAAAUACGCUUCCUCGUUUUGGUAUUAUGUCAUCACCAUUAUGUAAAACACUCAAUUGCUCAAAUACAAUUGUUCGAGUUAUUAACUAUGUCCACUGUAGAAUCCCGCUCUCAGUGACAUGAUCUUGGUGUUUGUAAAUAUCUAUCAGAGAUGUUAAAAUUCCUCAUGUCCAUAACAUUUUUAUGAGAAAUUCCAAGUUUAAUACAAGAUAAAUUCAACAAAAGGUAGUGAAAUUCGGUCAAAUUGAAAUAUAUACUUUUAAUGUUUAUGUUCCGCAUAUGUAUGACUUUCUAACGUCUUCCUUUGAUUGUAAUUGUUUAUGUUUCCAAAAUGUAUAAAAAAAAAAAAGCUAAAUCAACAUAGGUUUACUGGGGAAAUCUCACCGUUUAAAAGGAGAAGUCUGAAAAAUCUGUGUUAGUAUAUUCUUAUUUAUAAUUGUUACAGAAAAAUCAUUAAUAUAAGUGUUUUUAGAGAAAAUGUUCAGUUAUAACAUAUAAGUAACAAGUAUGUUUUUAAGAAGCCCAUAUUACUCAUAAACUUGUAUUAUCACUGUAUCAUUAAUUAAUCACGUGUUGUAGAUAUUAUAUAUUGAUGUGAAACCGGAAACAAUAUGUGUUUAAAUUCACAGGCCUUUGUGGAAAUAAGCAUACGCAUUUUGUAUUAGCUUAAUCGGUUAAUCAGGGCCAAUGUUAUUAAGACCUUUUAUAGUUUUAUAAUUAUCAUAAAUAUCAGAUGUAAUAUAUUUUCAAACAGUUUUAUUUGGCAAGCUGUACGUGAUAUAUCAUAUAUAGUGUGAAGAUGGUAACUAUUAUAUUUGAUUAUUGAAUAUGGAACAUGAUCUGAAUGUAUUGAUGAUAUAUUACAUUAUACGAAUACUAAAAACAUCCUGUUCUAACAAAAUUCUUGUGUUUGUUCCCAUAUCAAGUUGAAAGUGGUAUCCACUACUGUAGCAAAUACACGAUUUUAAUAAAAAAAAUGUGUACAGUUAAACAAAUACAUUGAGAUGUGCAUUGU